GCGGGGGUCAGAGUUGACAGUCUCCACAGUCGUGGAGGAGUGCGGCGGCUAAGCUAACUGCUACCAUCGCAACUAGCUACAUGUGGAGGGUAAACGGGAGGCAUCCCUGACCCUAAAUCUGUCAAAUUUCCUCCUUUUUACCCCCAAACAACGGUUAAGUUCGGGCUAGUCGAAAAUAGGGGAUAAUAUCCGUUUACGAUGAAAGGUAGCCGGAUCGAGCUGGGGGACGUCACGCCCCACAACAUUAAGCAGCUUAAACGCCUGAACCAAGUCAUCUUCCCUGUCAGCUACAACGACAAGUUCUACAAAGAUGUGCUGGAAGUGGGGGAGCUUGCAAAGCUAGCAUACUUCAAUGACAUCGCAGUGGGUGCUGUGUGCUGCAGAGUGGACCACUCUCAGAACCAGAAGAGACUGUACAUCAUGACACUUGGCUGUCUAGCACCCUACCGUAGACUUGGAAUUGGUACAAAGAUGCUGAAUCACGUGCUAAACAUCUGUGAGAAGGAUGGAACUUUUGACAACAUCUACCUUCAUGUGCAGAUCAGCAACGAGUCAGCCAUUGACUUUUACCAGAAGUUUGGCUUUGAGAUCAUUGAAACAAAAAAGAAUUACUACAAGAGGAUAGAGCCCGCAGAUGCCCAUGUGCUGCAGAAGAGCCUGCGCAGCCCAUGUGCACCGCCCACCGGAGAGCUUCAGAAGGGAGAGUAGGGGCACACCAUGGAAAGAGCGCAGAUGUGCUCGCCUCCACAGAAACAGAACUGUGACAAAUGCCCCAGGGUCGACAUGUUCAACACUUUCUUCAAAGGACGCUAAAAAGAGAAAACAAAAUUUAAAGUUCAAAAAUUGCUGCAUUUACUUUGCAAAGGGGUUCCCCUUUGAUUUUUUGCAUAUUUUAUUGCUCCCCUUUCCUCGUUCAAUUGACAGACAAAAACUUCAGUAUCCAAAAGUGUUCCUAUUGACAACGUUGCCAACUUAAGACGGUUGUAGACUUGGUGGAGGGGGAGGGUGUGGUGUUUGCAAAUCAUACUGUUUGUGUUUGAGUUGUUUUUAUGCGGUUAUUAAAGAUGAUGGGGACAUAUCUAUACUGUGGAGCAAAGGAAGACAGUUGGUUUGGAAGCAGUUAAAGUGUUUGAAAGACCAUCACUUGACACAAAAUCCCAGCUUGGAGUGAUGCUUUGAGUUGUAACGUGGAACAGUAACAACUCUUCCCUUACCACCUGAGCCCUGGGAUUCAUGGGAAAUGAUUCUGACCAGUUUGUUGACAUGUUAUGUCCAUAGCGGAAAAAGCAGCAAUGCAUCCCCUCGUUACGGGACGAAAGGAAGGCUCAAAGGUUUUUCAGGUGAUGGCAAAAUGGUCACCACUUAACAGUUUUGAAUUAACUAUUUUCCAGCCUGUUAAUUCCCCCUUCAACUGUUUUUGUUGUUUUUCUUUUUUACAUCGAGAGGCAAAAGGUUCAGAGGUUCUCCUGGGUUUGCUACAAAGUGAAAAUAUUAAGGAAUGAGAGAAACAAAAUAUUGUAUUGAAUGUGUACAAUAUCUUGUGAGGAAUGUCCAAAUAUCAAAUUGGCUGUUUUGGGAAUGGAUUUGGGCAUUAUUUUUAGCGGUAUAAUAAAGGUGUGUGAGGAUGCGUGUCUCCAAACACAUGGAGGUGUUUUGAGACAUCUCGCCUUUAACACCUUCGGCACCUUAUGUAGCCACCUUGCAGAAAUGGUCUUCUCAAACUUCCUGCCUCUGUUGUUUCAUUAGAUUAUGAGGCUAACAGUUUUGAAGUGUUGGUAAUCCCCAGAGGAAGCUCUGAUCCCUCUGCAUGCGAGGAGAUCUUUGUCCUCUCCACUGUAGUAUAAGCAUGUUUUUCCUUUCUUUGAAGAAUUUUAUCUUUUCUGGAGCUCUAUAUUGUAAGACUUUUUAACAUCUAAAUAAAGGAAUUACUAUUUGCAGUAAA